CCGAGUGGGAGCUGGCGCUGGAGUCGGAGCUGGCGGUUGCAGUGGAGGCGGUGAUGUCGGUGCAGGUUGUGUCGGCAGCGGCUGCCGCCAAGGUGCCUGAGGUGGAGCUGAAGGAUCUGAGCCCCUCCGAGGCGGAGCCCCAGCUAGGACUGAGCACGGCGGCCGUGGGCGCCAUGGUACCCCCGGCGGGUGGCGGCGACCCAGAGGCUCCCGCUCCGGCAGCGGAGCGGCCCCCGGCCCCCGGCCCGGGCUCGGGGCCCACCGCGGCUCUCAGCCCUGCGGCCGGGAAGGUGCCUCAAGCGUCGGCCAUGAAGCGGAGUGACCCGCAUCAUCAGCACCAGCGGCAUCGCGACGGCGGCGAGGCCCUGGUCAGCCCCGACGGCACGGUCACCGAGGCGCCGCGCACGGUCAAGAAGAUCCAAUUUGCUGACCAGAAGCAGGAAUUCAACAAGCGUCCCACCAAAAUUGGACGUCGAUCUCUGUCACGUUCCAUCUCUCAGUCAUCUACUGACAGCUAUAGCUCAGCUGCUUCGUAUACAGAUAGCUCUGACGAUGAGACAUCCCCCCGGGACAAGCAGCAAAAGAACUCUAAAGGAAGCAGUGACUUCUGUGUCAAGAACAUCAAACAGGCAGAGUUUGGACGCAGAGAAAUCGAAAUUGCUGAACAAGAGAUGCCUGCCCUGAUGGCCUUAAGGAAGAGAGCCCAAGGAGAAAAGCCCUUGGCUGGAGCCAAAAUUGUGGGUUGUACACACAUCACUGCGCAGACCGCUGUGCUUAUGGAAACUCUGGGUGCUCUGGGAGCACAAUGCCGAUGGGCUGCCUGCAACAUCUACUCCACUCUCAACGAAGUGGCUGCUGCUCUAGCAGAAAGUGGAUUUCCUGUCUUUGCCUGGAAAGGGGAGUCAGAAGAUGACUUUUGGUGGUGCAUUGACAGAUGUGUGAAUGUGGAGGGCUGGCAGCCAAACAUGAUACUGGAUGAUGGAGGAGAUCUCACUCACUGGAUUUAUAAAAAGUAUCCCAACAUGUUUAAGAAAAUCAAAGGCAUAGUGGAGGAGAGUGUCACUGGAGUUCACAGGCUGUACCAACUGUCCAAAGCUGGGAAGCUGUGUGUUCCAGCCAUGAACGUCAAUGACUCAGUCACUAAACAGAAAUUUGAUAACCUCUAUUGUUGCCGUGAAUCUAUUCUUGAUGGACUCAAAAGGACAACAGAUAUGAUGUUUGGUGGAAAGCAAGUGGUGGUCUGUGGCUAUGGAGAGGUGGGAAAGGGGUGCUGCGCUGCUCUGAAAGCCAUGGGUUCCAUUGUGUAUGUGACUGAGAUUGACCCCAUCUGUGCCCUGCAAGCCUGUAUGGAUGGAUUUCGACUAGUGAAAUUAAAUGAGGUCAUCCGACAAGUGGACAUUGUCAUUACUUGUACAGGUAACAAGAAUGUGGUAACCAGAGAGCACUUGGACCGUAUGAAGAAUAGCUGCAUCGUUUGUAACAUGGGACAUUCCAACACUGAGAUUGAUGUGGCAAGCCUGCGGACACCUGAACUGACCUGGGAGAGAGUGAGAUCCCAAGUUGACCAUGUGAUAUGGCCUGAUGGCAAGAGGAUAGUACUGCUGGCAGAGGGCCGUCUGUUGAACCUAAGCUGCUCCACAGUGCCUACCUUUGUACUCUCAAUCACUGCUACCACUCAGGCUCUCGCCUUGAUAGAACUUUACAAUGCUCCUGAGGGUCGCUAUAAGCAAGAUGUGUACCUGCUGCCCAAGAAAAUGGAUGAGUAUGUGGCCAGCCUACACCUGCCCACCUUUGAUGCCCACCUGACAGAGCUGACAGACGAACAGGCCAAGUAUCUGGGACUGAACAAGAACGGGCCCUUCAAGCCUAAUUACUACAGGUAUUAAGUUCCUGUAAUGCAAGCCAGAAGACGUUUUAAAGAAUAGAACCAAGCCUUUUCUCCACUACUAUCCAUGGAAGAACCCAGCAAGCUGCUUCUCCAAUCAGAGCUGCCCGCCAUGCUCAUCCUAUGUGUUAGGUUAUUUAUUUAUUAAAAUCUAGAUUCCUGUGCCUGUAGCCUUGGCCCAGAGUGUGAUUACUACUCCUGGGACCUUGAGAGCCGCAGAGGACAGGCUGAGGAAGAAAAGAAAUGGGCAGUCAUUCCUAGUGAUCAUUCGCAUCAUUGCCUAUUGAUGGAAUCCUCAAUGAUGGCCAUUUUUCUUUCCAGGCUCAGGAGUUAGUUCAGGGAUGCCAGACUCCUUGUUACUUAGGGUUUUCUGGAAUAAAUUUUCAGCAGCUGCCUUUCUCAAAGCUUUGGUCCUUUCCCAGGUGAGGCCUUUUUGGAAGCCACUGACUUAACAGGGCCUGAAUUCUCGGUCUUGAUAGUUACUGUCACUGCCUUCUUCAUAAAAAGGCUAGUGAGGUAGGAGUGUUAAGGUCUUGUAAGCUACAACAAGAACUCAGCUGUGCCUGUGUCUGUGCCUACUGGGAUCUCUUCUUACCCAGGACUCCUUUCUGUUCCUUGAAUAUUAUGUCCAUUUUAAUGCUUCCUGGUUCCAAGAGGGGUGUGCCUCCAUGAUCUUAAUACCUCUGGUGUUGGCCAGGCAUGUGUUUUGCUUUCUAACCCCACUAAACUCUGCUCAGGAAGUAGGGGGACCGUUUUCUAGGAAGCCCCUCUAGACUGGCACUGUCUCAGAAAAGGAUAGCUUCAUGUGGAUAAUGCUUCCUGAAAUUUCUUCUGGAACUGAGUUGGCAAAGAUGUUUGCUAGAGAUUUGGAAGCUUGAGACUUCAGAGUGAGAUCCUGCUUGACAUCCUAAAGAAACAAGUCUGUUUGAUUUCUAGGAAAGUCGUCAUGGCCUGGCUGCAGAAGACAGAUGACUCUGUCAUCUGUACCCAGAUGAUGAAAACUAGUGUGAGGUCUGGGGUAUAGCUCAGUGAUAAAGAACUUGCCUGGCAUGUAUAAAGCCCUAGGCUGUCACUGGGUGCUAGGGAAGGAGGUGGGAACUAGUUUGAACCUCAUCAGACAUUCACCCCUUUGACUGUUGCCCUUGGUAAAAGUGAGAUCUGCAAUCUGAUAUCUCAUCUUUCUUUGUUGCUGCUGUAUCUUUAUGAUCUGGCCCCUUCUGUUAAGGAUUCUGUUUCAGAGAGUUUCUUAAGUAACUCCAGCAUUAUGAAAGAGCUAGUAAUGUAAACAGUGUGAAAUUUCUCAUUCCACCCAAGAGUUAGAUUUCCUUUGGAGACGGCCUGACUGGUUUCAAGAUUUCCAUUGGAAUCAAUUGUUUUCAAAAAUUAAAACCUGGAGUGACCCUAGGAAUCUUGAGUUAAAUGAGUUCCUCUCACGGCCCAUCCUAUUUAAAAGUCUCAUGUUUGUUUCUCAUGUAUUUCUUACAUUGUUCUGCUUCAAAGUCUCAAGACCAAGGUCAUCCAAACAGAAGACACACCUUAUCUAGAUCCUCUCCCCUGCUCCCACCAUCUCCUCUUGGUCUUUGUGUGUGCCCUGGAAGAUAGGGAAACAGAACUGGGGUAGGUGGCUAUUUGCCUUAUUAGAUGGUAUGUCUCAGCCCAGAAAAUGGAUUCUUCACAAGGCAUCAUCUGUGGCUAUAUUCUCUUUUAUAAGGAAGACUAUAGAGGCUGAAGAGUCCACAAAGAUAUCCAGUUGUUUGCCUCGUUCUGGUUUGUGUAUUAAUAGCUUAUUGUAUCACCCUCCCACUACCACCUCUGUUUUGUUAUUGUGGGGUUUGUUGUUGUUUUGGAAUAGUCUCACUCUGUAACCCUCACUGGUGUCAAACUCAUGGCAGUCCUCCUGCCGUGGCCUUCUGAGGCAUAUGCUACCGUGCCUGGCUGGCUCUUAAUUGGAUCUCUUUAGCAAAAGGUUCAGAUAUCUGUGCCUCGCCUUAUGUCCAGAGCAGACUUCAUUAGUCUUAUGUCCAGGGCAGAUUCCAUUAGGCAGGUUCUGGACUCUAAUUUUUUAUAUUCAUGGGCCCCAAGUCAUAACCUGCUGGUUUUAGGUUUUAAGUCUUACACAAUUUCCGGGCUCUGCCACCCUAAUAAACCCUUGUCUAGGGUAGAUGUAGUAAGCAAAGCGUUGCUCUCUACAGAGCUUCCUAUGCCUGGUCCUUACAGAGUAUACUCUGUCAAACCAUAGUGAAGAGACCCAUUGCAAAUAGGAAGGGAACCACGUAGGUUUCUAAGGUAGGUUGCACUGUGUCUGACCAUGGUGAGGUAUUUGACUAUGAGUAGCAGAUGGUGUCUAUUCCCUUGUCUCUGGAGAUUGCUGUGUCAUCAACCAUUAAGAAAACAACCAGAAGUAGAAAUAGGGAUGUAAGUCAGUGGCAGGACACUUGAUUAGCUAGGGUGUACCCAGCUCUGGGUCAAAUCCCCAGUACAGGGGCUUGUGGGGACUGUGGAAGAAAGAGAGAAGGAAACCCAGGACUCCUGUCUAGGAUCUGUCCUGUUAGAACCAAACCAUUGUUCCCUCUAACUUUGGAAUCAGAGCAAAUCUCUUAUUCCAACACUUCCUCUUGGAUGCAUCCUAGCUACCAGGAGGCAAAAAGAAUGCUGACUUCUCUAGGUGUGUGACCCUGGUCCAUGGGGACACAUACCACUCACUUAUCCAUAAUGAAAUGUGUGUUGCUUCACGUCUUCAUCGUUUCCUUGUUCUUGUUAAACAAAAUUCCUCUAGACUUCCUUCCUUCUGCCCUCCUCCCUCAUGUUCCCCUCCCAUGAGAGCACGGCUCCCAUGGCCACACACUCCUGCAAAGCUUUUUUUGCUGCUUGGCUUUUCUCCGAACAGAUCUGAAAUUGCUGCUCCUGUGGUUUCCUCAGAAUUAACUUUGUCAUGGUUAAAAAAAAAUCAGAAUGCAUUAUUGCAUUAAGCUUUUUUAAUAAAGGAAAAUUAUGGAAAGAAAAUAGGUAACACCAGCAAAUUAUAUAUUGACAAGUCUAAACUAUAUAUAUAUACAUAAAUAUACAUAUAUAUAAAUAAUCAUCUACUUCUUCCUGUCAUCUUACUGAAAGGAACAAGACCUCUAAGGACCACCAGUUCUGAGAAGCUCUUGGAAAUUUUAUGUCUAAGUGAUUGUAUUAGAUCAGCAAUAAUGACUAUGUAAUCUCAAAAAAUAAAUAAAAUAUUCUUAAAACUGA